ACGUUCUGGUAGCGAACAAGGCAAGCAGUGGUUUACAGAACAUGCACCGCGAAGAGAGCCAACCAGGGUGACAGAGGCCAGAGGGCUGGGGUGGGUGCCGCUCAGGGAGGGUGUCACCUGGGAAGGGAGGCGAGGGCUCACGGCCACAGGCCCCGACGGGCCGAGCCCUGGAGAGUGUGCGGCCAGGCCCCUGGGGGCUGCACGGGGACAGGCCGGAGGGACCAGGCAGCGGGCCCACCAGGGUUCUGGGGGACGGUCCUGGCGAGGGUGGGAGCCAUGCAUCCUGCUUCGACCUGGAGUUGUUACUGCCAGAACGUGCUGGAAGGCGGAUACAGGUGUGGGAGAGGGAAGGCGGGGCUGGCUGGGCUCCCUCCCGCCCUAGGUCCCCGUCUGUCUCUCCAGCCUCCCAGGCAUGCCCGCCCCCAGCAGCAGUGGGCCUGCCUCCUCCUCGGCCCCUGCACCUCCGAGUCCAGGCUCUCCUCGUUCACAUCUUGACUUGCAUACCUGGGCAGCUGCCGCUCAAGCCCCAUCACUCCGGUCUGCCCUUCCUCCGCCGUCAGUCACUGCAACGAGAGCUCCCAUCCCGUCUCUGUCCUGCUCAAGGCUGGCGGCUGAGACCGAGGCGGCAGAGAGGAAGGGUGGGCCCGAGUGGGCAGCUGUGGGGCGCCGCCCAUCCUCCCCGGACGCCCUGAAGAGGUGGGGCGAGGCCCAGACCCCCAGACCAGCCCGUGUUUGCUGGGAAGAAAGUCGAGUCCUGGCUUGCUGCCACGACAGGCUGCCUCAUCUGACACGAGUCGCUCUUCCUGGAACCCUACCUGGAAAGGGUGUCUGGUCGGGAGUGGGGGCCCGGGGCGAGGCCGCCCGUUUCCCCUCCGCGCGGGACCUGUGCGUCCGUCCUCGCUCGCUCGCAGCUCCCGGCCGCAUGGCCCACGUGUUCGUGUACGGGACCCUGAAGACGGGCCAGCCCAACCACCGGGUCCUGCUGGAGGGCGCCCACGGUCGCGCAGCCUUCCGGGGCUGGGGUCGCACGGUCGAGCCAUACCCGCUGGUGAUCGCGGGGCAGCGCAACGUCCCGCGGCUGCUGAACCUGCCGGGCCGGGGGCGCCGAGUGGCUGGGGAGGUCUACGCCGUGGACGAGCAGAUGCUGCGCUUCCUGGACGAGUUCGAAGGCUGCCCGGACAUGUACCAGCGCACCCGGGUGACAGUCGCUGUCGAGGGGGCGGGCGGGACCCUGCAGUGCUUCGUGUACACCACGGCCACGUACCCGCCCGAGUGGGUCCACCUCCCAUACCACGACGAUUACGACUCGCAGGGGGAGCACGGGCUUCGCUACAGUCCGCGGUGAAGCAGAUGAGAAGCGCGAGGGGAGCGGCCGCCCGAGGACCGAGAGCCUGGUGGUUGGAAGACGGCCUCGCUGGGUCCGCACUCGCUGAACGCAAAAGCCCGAGAACACCCUCUGAAAUAAAAUUCUUUGGGGGGGGGGGAGGGCCGGGGUGGGGGAGUGUCUUCUUCGGUGGCAGCCGAUUUCCCAAAUAAUUUUGACAUGACUGAUAACAAGAUUGUUUCCUGAAAUCUGUCUUGCUGAUGCUGCUUUAUCGCUUGCUGCUUAAAGAGCAUCAUGGGCUUGAACAUACUGGAUGAGAAGAACUCAGGAUUUUAAUUCCCCUAAAUGACAUUUUGAAAACGCACGUUAUGCUUUUCUUAUGUUUUUGUUUUUUGUUUUUUGCUUUGCUUUGCUUUAGUCUGAAGAUAACAUUUAAAAUGAAUAUAAAGACUUUGUGUGGCAGCUAGAUUUUAACAGCCCUGCGGUAUCAGUUCUGUCUGACCUGUAGCACUGAGAAAUUUUUUUAAAGCUGAUUUUAGACAUCUCAAUGUAAUAAAAGAACCUCAAGAAAAA